UACUAGACGUGGUCAAGCUUGACGCCUCUGAUUCGGUUUAUUUGUACUGGCGACUAUGUUUUAUAGUGCAUUGUGUACAAAAGAAAAAGUUUGUGUUUUUUUUUUAUAUAGUGUUAAGAAAUAAUUUAAACAAUCUUACAAGUUAUAUAUUUAAUAAUAUGUACAUUGUCUGAAACCGUGAUAUUCAGUAAUACACGCAUAUUAUAGUACCUACUUAAUUAGUGAUUCAAGAAAACUAUUGAAAGAAUGGAUUCAAAGAGGUUUUCAUAUUUUGUUGAUAAAAUCGUUUUACAUAUGAUUUUUAGAAUGUUAGUAGAAUGGUGAAUGAAAAUAAUGAGCGGCAGCCGACAGCAUGGAGGCGAAUAUCACAAAAGCACCGCGUUGUGGCGCAGAAACGUCACUCUAUACCUCCAUCUAAUCAAGUAAACCGUAUGCUCAGAGACUAAAUUUGAAUAAUGAAUGGGGACACAGAAGAUUUCAAAGCGCGCGAAAUUAGAAUGGAUCUACCGAAAACAAUGUGCGCCGACGACUGCCAUAACGUCACCAAAAUAACAGCGUUUCAGCUUCGACCACCUGAUCCUAAUGCCACUUUCCUAAAUCGGCCAUUUAUAAAUGAAAAAGUCAACGAAAGUGAGUCGAUAAACCUCAGGAUGUCGUGGAACUUUAACGAUUCAAUCAGUGAGAUGUACGGAUUCGAUAUGACUCUAAACGGAACGUUCUGGAACUGUACUUCAGAAAAUGGAACUUGUGCUAGUGAUGUGCAUAAUUAUAACUUUUGGGCACUUUCGUUGUUAGUGUUCCCCUUAUUAACGUUAUUCGGAAAUGUUUUAGUUAUAAUGAGUGUGGCUAGGGAGAGAAGUUUGCAGACUGCAACGAAUUAUUUUAUAGUGAGUCUAGCUGUGGCCGAUUUGUUAGUAGCUGUGGUAGUUAUGCCAUUUGGAGUAUACUAUUUGUUCAACGGUGUGUGGGGAUUGCCAGCUGUCGUCUGCGACUGCUACAUAGCGAUGGAUGUUACCUGCUCAACUUCUAGUAUAUUCAAUCUGGUCGCUAUAUCUGUUGACAGAUACAUAGCUGUCACCCAACCAAUUAAAUACGCAAAACACAAAAGCAGCGGGCGCGUUUGGCUGAUGAUCAUAGUGGCAUGGCUGGUGUCUGGGGCCAUAGGAUCCCCAAUCGUGCUUGGCCUCAAUAACACUCCAGACAGAAGCCCCAAUCAAUGUCUAUUCAAUAAUACAAACUAUGUAAUAUAUUCAUCUCUGGGAUCCUUCUACAUUCCUUGUAUUAUAAUGAUGUUCCUGUAUUAUAAUAUUUUUAAGGCUAUACGGCAAAGAGCAAAGAAACAAAGAGUAGCAAAAAAAACGUCAUCGGUAAUUACUUCGGCUGUGUCAAGUGGCACUGCCGCAGUGGUCAUAGAGAAUGUUGCCCAAACGCAACGGCUAGCAGAUGGAUCACUACAAGACGACAAACCCACUAAUACAGCGUCAGGCAGCAAUGAAGAUGAGGAUGACGAUAACUUUUCUUUUUUCAGCUCCGAUAGAACAGAGAUGGGGGCUUAUGCGGAAGAACUAGUUAACUCCAGAUCUGCUAGGUUCAUGCUAGCAGCUGUUGUUGAGGAAACUGGUCUCAUAAUGGCUAAUUUAGCGUCACCAAUACCAAUGAUGGACCCCAACACAAAUAAUGAUUCGGGAUACGCGCCGUCUCAUAUUGACGGUGACAUCAAAGAGCACACACCGCCUGUAUCACCUACCCAGAAAGAACAGAAGAAAGAAGACAAAUCCGAGGAGAAGAGUGAAGCACCAAAGAAGCCAGAGUUAAAAAAGAAAUUAAGCCGACUUAGCAGUAGCUCAGUGAUAUCAACACCUCGCCGGAGAUUUCGGAGCGCUGCCUCCGCAGCCAGGUUCACCAUCUUCAGAGCCAACAGAGCCGGGAAACUGCGUGCGAAAUCCUUUGCUAAAAAAGAGAAAAAAGCUACACAAACUCUCGCCAUAGUUUUAGGUGUGUUUCUCUUCUGUUGGGCCCCGUUCUUCAGUUGCUCCGUCCUCGAUGCUCUCUGUGCUAAAUUUGACCUGCCCUACUCACCAGGAGUCACCGCUUUUAUCCUAACUACAUGGCUGGGUUACAUCAACUCCUUCCUAAACCCAGUUAUUUAUACUAUCUUCAAUCCAGAAUUCAGGAAGGCUUUCAGAAAGAUCCUCAAUUGCGGCACCUAGCCCAUAGACUUUUACGUCGUUUACAAUUAAUAAACCCACCGAUUUUGUAAUUAGAAGAAUUCCUGAUCAAUUACUGAUAAGUGUAAAAUACUAAUUUGAUAGUCUAAAUGUAAUCACACUAACCUAUCUAGAGAAAUAUUAUUUUAUUAUAUACAUAAAAAAAAACAAAUAAAGAAAACGCUAAUAAAAGUGCAUAGUUCUGUAAAAAAAAAACUUCAAGUCUGACUAUUUAUCAUUUGAAUAUUUUUUUUUAUUGUAAUAAUCGUAUUAAUAAUUAUGUUUUAUA